AUGGUGAAUAAUUUUUGGGCUUUUCGUAGAGAAAUAGCAGAAAACAAUGACAAUAACCGUCCUGUUGAGCCUGAUACUCAAACUCGCAAUAACCAUCAAUCAGAAAAUGGUUACCUCACACCACCACAAACAAUGCUACAGAGACCCCAAAAUUAUCAUCUAAUGGGUGUCGACAAUUCAUCAACAAAUGGUUUUACUCAUCAUGUUCCGCAUUACUGUCAAACUCAUAGGAACCAUCAAUCAACAAAUGGUUACCUCACAACACCACAACUAGAAAGACCCCAAAAUCAUUUCAUGGGUGUCAACAAUUUCAACCAAGAGUGUUACCAGAGGAAUAACAGUGUUGAUGCUGCAACUCUGCCAAUGAGGAAUUUUCCCUUUUCUGCCAAUGAUACUACAUCAUUCAUAACAUCAUCUCGAUAUGGUCGAGCACUACCCUUAGGCUCAGGUCUAACGAGUAGCCCACAACAACAUAUGAGCUCACCCAACACUACUCUUCUUCCAUCUUAUCAUGCAAACUUAGCUCAAAAUUCCUCAUCCAAUACUGUUGGUUCCCAAGGUUUUUCAAAUUGGUCUCGAAAUUCUUCGAGACCAAUGAUUCGAAAUCAGAGGAACCAUCGAUAUCUUCCAUAUGGAGAGGGUUCAAAUCGUAGGAAUAGUUCUUUUUUAAUGAACAAUUCCAACCUUCGUCCAACUGGUCAUACGAAUAGAUUUCACAAUGUGAAUGAUGGCUCUAUUCCAAGCGCAACUCCUCCUCCAUGUAAUGAUUUGAACAUGAUUCUUUCUUCUGGAAAUGCUAACUGGGAUUCAACUUGUGAUACAUCAACGAGUCAUCGUGUGUUUGACAUUCGAGACAACGAAGCUGCGAAUAGAUCAACUCCUCCUCCAUUUUGUCCUAUUAACCGUAAUGACUUCAAUCCUCAUGCAAGGGUUGAUACUAAUAGAUUUCAUUUGAAUGAUGGCUCGAUACCAAUUACAACUCCUCCAGUUUGUCCUAUUAACACUGAGGACAUGAGCAUGUUUCUCUCUUCUGGUAAUGAUAAUUUGGAUUCAGCUCGUGAGACAUCAACGAGCCAUCGUGUGUUCGAAAUACGAGACACUGAUGUUUGGAGAAGGCCAAUGACUCCUCCUGAUAACUAUUUUGAAGCAAUACAAACUGAAAAGAAAGAGCAGCUUCUUUUCAAGGAUACAAUUCCUACAAGCUCAGUGACUGAAGCUGAUGAUGCAAAUGCAAAUGAAAAUGAUAAUGAGCAUUUGGAUCUCUCGCUUCAUCUCUAA